AAUGGACAAUACUAAAGUAUAAUAUUAUUUAUAGUUGCAAGUUGAGAUAGUUGAUUUUUUAAAAUUUAUUAGAAAAAAAUAAAAAAUAAAAAAAGCGCAAGUUUGAGUAGUUGGGUAGUACUAGUAAAAGAAAAGGGGCAAUUUCCUAAAACCACGUCCAAGUAUUAAAAUUGAUGCAACUUGCUCUUCCCACUUGCUUGUCCGGCGUAAUCUCAAUCUCGCCAGAUAAGAUCAUAAGAUCACCUUCCCUCUUCCUCAUUCUUUUCUCUCUUCCCUUUAAUCACAAAUCACACCCACCUCUCUUCUUAAUUUUCUCUUAGCUAGAAAUAGAACAACAUACAAUAUCAAGGUUUUAUUUUCAGCUACCAAAAAUGCAUUCUGCUCUUCAAUUUCAAACCUACACAACCACAACAACAACCACAACCAGUACAUUUGUUACCAAUAACACCAUAGUAGAUUCUACUACUAUUACUAUGCUACCUCUCAAAACCACUGCAGCCGAGAUGAAACCCUCGUUAGCUCAUGAAUUAGCGAAGGAACUUUCUCUCUGCUGCCCAUCUCCAGACAAAGAAAUGGACACCGUCGCUAAAUACCACAAUCAUGAAGUUGGUCCUAAUCAGUGCUGCUCAGUCGUCGUUCAACGAAUCGCAGCCCCUGUUGAAACAGUAUGGCCUGUAGUCCGUCGCUUUGAUGAACCACAGACUUACAAACAUUUUUUAAGAAGUUGUCGUGUGAUUGCUGGAGAUGGGAAUCAAGUAGGAUGUCUUAGAGAGGUUCACGUGGUGUCAGGUCUUCCAGCAAAUUGUAGUACAGAACGUUUAGAGGUACUUGAUGAAGAAUCUCAUGCUAUAGGAUUUCGUGUUGUAGCUGGCGAACAUCGCCUACACAACUACCGAUCAAUCACCACUUUACACCCCUCCACUUAUUACUCCGCUGAUGCACCACCUCCUCAUACUGGGACAAACAAGGGGAUUGGGACAGUAGUGGUUGAAUCUUAUGUGGUAGAUGUACCACCUGGUAAUACAAGAGAAGAAACAUGUGUUUUUGUGGAUACUAUUGUACGAUGCAACUUACAAUCCCUUACAAAGAUCGCUGAGAGAAAGGCUAAAUCAUGUUCAUCAUCAACUACAACUACAUCAUCAUCAUGUAAAGUAUCAUGAAUGAUUUUUGUUUUUUAUAUGUUUGAAGAUCAAUUUUUCUUUGUUCGUUCACUGUUGAUAUCCAGCAGAUAAUUAGGAUUUUUCUUUCUUUCCCUUAACUUUUGGGAGAGAGAUUGAAAAUAUGGUUACACUUACACCAUCAUCUUGUUUGGUACGAAGAACAUUUGCUCCACCCAUGUUAUUCGUCGUUAAUUACUGCCAUUUUCUGUACCUUUUUUUUUAUUUUAUUUCUUUAUCUUUACUGAUCGAUUAGUUUAAUGAAGAGAAAACUUAUUAAUUGGUGUUUCACAAAUUAAAGAUUCUUGAUUGUAUUUAUCAACCCAGACCCCAGAUGUUUAAAUACCAGUUUAUUGAUUAUUUUCA